GGAUUUUCAAAAAUACUGGGCCUAAAAAAUUCCAUUCAAUUGCAUACAGUCAAAACCCAAACGAAAUGUGGGUCCAGUUCUUGGAGCCCAAGCAGCAGAACAAUCUUUUUAAAUGCCCGUCUCCAUUACUAUUAAUAGUCUAAUCCGACGACGGCCAACAUUCCCCAAUCUUUUGACUCCGAUCGGUUACUUACUGCUUAGUUGUAAUAACAGGAUUCUUCUUCUUCCAAAUCCAGUCCUUAUUGAACCACGUAGGAGUAGUUCAAAUCGAACUGAUCGGAAAUGCAGCACUCCGGCGACUUGAACUCGUCUUCUCCGGCGCCACAGGCUAAGCCUCCGAUGCCUAAAGUUGGGGUGGCCGUGUUUUUGUUAAAAGGGGAUAAACUACUGCUGGGCCGCCGCCUCACAACCAUUGGCUACAACACCUUCGCCCUUCCCGGCGGCCACCUCGAAUUCGGGGAAAGUUUCGAGGAAUGCGCAGCUAGGGAGGUGAAGGAAGAAACAGGGCUGGACAUUGAUAAAACAGAGUUUUUAACUGCCACCAACAAUGUGUUCUCAGAAGGAGCUAAUAAUCAUCCUCUGCAUCUUGUCUGUAUAUUCAUGAGGGCAGUUGUGGCAGAUGUCAACCAGGUGCCACAAAAUGUUGAACCUGAGAAAUGUGGGGGUUGGGAUUGGUAUCACUGGAAUGAUCUUCCUAAGCCUCUCUUUAAGCCAUUGGAGGUUAUGAUCCAAGGGGGUUUCACUCCAUUUCCCGUUUCUUCCUGAAAUUUUCGUGAAGAUGAUGCACAAUCGUUAUAGUAUUAUUCGUAUCAUUGUAUGAAUAAUUGUGGACAUUGUUCACUGUUGACUAGGAAUUUGUCUGUUGUUUCUGGUUUUACACUUCUACUUGGUGUGUGGUAAUCAUUGGCCAUUUCUGUAAGGCCGAAUCCAUUAUUGUUUAAGCAGAUUUAUUCGGUUUUGUCAUUUUGGGCUUUACCUAGUCGUCGUCAUUGCCCAAACAUAUGAAAUCCCAUGGAUUACUAGCUUCAAGCCCUGAGAUGCGGCCUGGAGAAAAACGAUUCUUCGUCCUAAAAUAGUUUUUGUACUAAUUUUAGUCAUACCAACAAGAUAAUUAUUUUGGGGGAAAAAAAAAAAGUAACCUAAGCAUCAAAGAGUCAGGUAAUUUUUACUCCAUAUCCUAGAAUGAUGACGGCGGAAAGAGAACUAAAUAUUGAG